AUGCCCCUCCGCGCUGACUCAUCGAGUUUGCGGGAAGAAGUGCGCUCACCGAUUGUGGCAACGAAGAAAGUCGAGACGGUUAUACUGGAGAAAGACAAAAAGGGAAAAGAAAAGAACCGAAUCAAAUUGCACUGCUCGGAUAAAGAACCCACCCGUGCGUCUGUGAAUCCGUCCGAAGCUCUCUCGUCGUCCGAAACCGAGAUCUCGAUCAAGAAGAACGUUAUUCAGCCUGGCUUCUCUUGGGCAAUCCAACGGCAUCGGAGAGGGCCAGGCCCAAACUCUUGA